CACUUGCCUGCCAUCGACACCAUGCGUUGCCUCAUCAGCCUCAUUCUUGGCCUGCUGGCCCUGGAGGUGGCCCUUGCUCGGAACCUACAGGAACAAGUCUUCAACUCAGUUCAGGUCAUGUCCCCUGAAACCAGCUCCAGUGAGGAAACAGGGUGUAUCAACUGUCAAACCAACGAGCAAUGUGCCCAGAAUGCCAUGUGCUGUCCCAGUUCCUGUGGUAGGACCUGCAAAACUCCUGUCAACAUUAAUGCUCCAAAAGCUGGCUUCUGCCCCUGGAAUCCACUCCAGAUGAUCACUGCUGGGCCAUGCCCAAAACAGGCAUCUUGCCUCAGCGACAGUGAGUGUCCUGGCAACAUGAAAUGCUGCAACAUUGGCUGUAUCAUGAAAUGUGAACCCCCAGUGCCAGAAAUAUUCCUUCAGUAAGCAUCCUGCCCUGGGAUCCCUGCCUAUCAGGAGUGACCAGCCCAAGCCUGUACAGCAAGAACCUUUACUCUUGGAUCCAGAGAGAACAUAAUGCAUUCUAUCUGCUGCUAAUAAAAAUCCAUUUGACUU